CUCAGGGCCUGAUCAGAUGAUUUGCUGCAGUCAACAGAACACAAUUGCUGAGAUGACCUCUCGGAAUGUGGAAGUGGUAUGGAGGAGAUCAUCCCGGGUAGCCCGAGGUUUUGUAGAACGUCGAGCUAACUGGGAAGCGUCAGACGGCGAAUCGCACCACAGGUCCAAGACGUUAUUGUUGCGUGGCACCUUGUACGGACGCUACUUGCUCACAGCGGCCUCGGUGUCCGCGAUAUCAAUUCUUUUGACUUGUGCCCAUGCUCACAGCGCCGUGUCACAUCGACCAUCCCGUUGAAAAAAAUGCAAGGCAGUGGGUUGCUAGUCUCCGCCUUCAUUCAUUAGUCUCAGCACACGUACAGUACCA